AUGGAUGGGCUUUCUAAGAAUCAUGCAACUAUUUUGUGUUUUGAACAGAAAGUGGUUGUUAAGCAGCCUAGAGAUAUAGAACUUCUUUCAGCAUUGAAGGCUAGAAAACUCUUGAAGUCAGAAGGUUGUAGGGGAUUCUUGAUGGCAAUAAUAACUAAGGAAGAUGAAGUGCUAAAAGUAAGUGAUGUUAAUGUGGUACAAAAGUUUUUAGACAUCUUUCGUAAUGAUCUGAAUAUGAUGCCUCCAGAACGGGAAGUGGAGUUCACGAUUGAUCUGGUUCCUAGUUUACACCAAUUUCUUAGGCCCUUUAUAGGAUGA